GGAAAGUACCGGAAGAAUCCACUCCUGACACAGAUGUUGACAAAAGGACACAAACAUGGCAUUUGAAAACAACACUUGUGGACGAGUUGUUUUUUGUGUUUUCUUUCUUUCUGUGUUUCGCCUCUCUUAUCCGAGUCAACAACGUCUCGAAACACCUCGGAGGCCAUAUAGUGCACUAACCCAGAAGACAUCUUAGAAGUGGCAGACAGUAGUACUGGUGGUGUCAUGGUGGUAGUGCGUCACACCUUACACACAAUCCACCUGUCUGAACUUUUGUAAUGACUUGAAAUAUGAAUGCAGAUAUUUAACCCCAAACAUUGAUUCAACUUUUACAACGCCUGUGUUUUAAAAAAUGUGAAAAAAAGACAAGACACAAAAUGCAAUUUGAAUCGGUAUAGGUCAUCUGGCCACUUGUUAUGGUAAACAUCUAAGGGACGGGGCGGGAGAAACCCCGUCACCACUCCCACAUUCAUCACUAUGGAUGCAACAUCUAGCCAUCCAUGGGAUAAAAAAAUUGUUUUCAAUGUGAAAAGUAAAAAAAAUAUGCAGGUACCAUCCCUGACAAAAAAAAAAGUUGGUUUCUCGUUUGAUUAUUAUUGCAUUUGCAAUGAACAUAUGAAUAUGCGCGGGGAUACUCAUACGGUUUGCAACAAACCCAGAAUGCUUUAGAAAACACUCUCAAUGGGAUGUCGUGGUAAAGGUCAAUGCGGAAGGUCAGUUCAGAUGACCAAACAUACGCUGUAUUACCAAGACUAGACUGAAAUGUUCCUGACUGGCCGAGUUACAGCGUUGACCUAAACUUUACUUUUGAUACUUAAGUAUAUUUUAAACAAAUUACAUUUACUUUUUAUAUCUAAAUAUAUUAUUUAAACCAAAAUAAUUUUAUUGAAGUCAUAUUUUACUGUGCGACUUUCACUUUGAGUCGUUGUCUAUUAAGGCAUCUUUACUUUUACUCAAGUAUGACACUUGGGUACUUUUUCCCACCACGGCCCUCAUACUGAAACGGAAAGGGUGUGAAUUGUUUACAGCAGAGCCACUUUAUACAGCAGCCGGUUUACUGCUGUUAAUUGAGGUCAGGGGAAGGUGCUGACGGGAGUCUUUGGAAAGUACCUCAACCUCCCUGACACAGGUGAAGGUGGAAGGACACAAACAUUGAGAUUGAACAUUUGAAAACAACACUCUUGUAGACAGCAUGGAAAGGCAAAUGAGGCCAGCAAGUUAUGACAUGAGUGGACAACGCAGAGCUUUAUUGCUAAUUGUCAGGGACAAGGAGAAGAUGAAGAGUAACCGUUGCGGUUUUGAUGUUGACCGUCAAACAAUGGAGAAGUUUUUUGAGGGGUUUGGUUUCCAGUAUCACAGUGUGCUGGACGAAACAGCUCAGGAAAUGAAGGAGGAAGUAAUAAACUUCAGAAACGGCAUCAACAGUAGCAGCGGGAACAUCAGCUGUGUGUUUGUGGUGACUUCGUCUCACGGACGCCGGGACGGCAUCAUAGGUGCAGAUAAAAAGACCCCGGCAGUAAAAGAUAUAAUCGAACCGUUUGGAGACGAGCUGUGUCCCAAGACGAAGGGGAAACCUAAGGUCUUCAUCAUAGAUGCCUGCAGGGGGAGUAACCAUGAUACUGGAGUUCACUUUGAUUCUGCUGCUGAUGAAAAACUAUCAAAGGAAGCCAUGGCCACAAAAGAGUACCGGUCGACUCGGGUGCCACCGUGCAUCAAUGACAUGCUGGUUGCAUAUGCAGCCAUGACAGAUUACGUGGGCAUGAUGAACAGCACCUCUGGGUCACGUAUGAUUCACAACAUUAGUCUAGUGUUUUCCUCACCUGGUGCAACAGAAGAACAUGUCUACAACUUGUUUGUGAAGGCCAACGCAAAGAUGGUGGCAACACCCGUAGAUGUCACAGUCGAUGAAGGGAAGCCGACUCAGAGAACGGAACGUCGUAAAAUAAUUAUGACAAUGGAAUCCACCCUCAGGAAAACCCUUUACUUGAGAAGUUCAAAUGAAUCUGGUGUUAAAACUAUUGAACAGAAGGGAAGGAAGUAGAUUUAUUUGAGCUUCCUGUUCUCAGCAUUACUUGUUACAUGUUAUUUCCUUGCUCUAUUUGUCUACAAGGUCUUCCCACUGUAAUAUUCCUCCAUUUCUUUGGGCAUUUUAAGAAAUUCUUAAACCAAUAGUCAAAUAAAUGUACAGAUUCUUCGGUGGUCACCAACCUUUAAUCUACCACACAGAUGGUUGUUUUAAAAACACAACUUAAAAAAAAAAACUUGAGCCUUAACAUGAACCAAUUAAAGACAGGACUGGAGCAUUGGGGUUUGUGCAGUAGGCAAGGCACAAUACAUUAUCACUGCAUAUUGGCUGUGCUUGGAAUUGCCCUGCCAAUGCUGUUCUUCACAGACCAUUUUGAAGUAUGAUAUGAUAAAUGUGUAGGUAUAUAUAUAUAACGCCGCUGUUAAUAACGACACGUGUUCUAUGACACGUGAGACACAGCUGAGUGAGCGUGGUCAUUUCUGUUUUACUGGACUGAUGGCCUGCAGUCUGAGGGGAGGGAGGGAAGAGGCUGCCUCUCACCUGACUCACCGUCUCUCUGCUCUCCCUCCCUAACCUUUAGAAAAGGGGACACAGCUGAGUGAGCGUAGUCAUUUCUGUUUUACUGGACUGAUGGCCUGCAUAUGACGGUCAGUCUGAAGGGAGGGAGGGAAGAGGCUGCCUCUCACCUGACUCACCGUCUCUCUGCUCUCCCUCCCUAACCUUUAGAAAAGGGGACACAGCUGAGUGAGCGUGGUCAUUUCUGUUUUACUGGACUGAUGGCCUGCAUAUGACGGUCAGUCUGAGGGGAGGGAGGGAAGAGGCUGCUUCUCAUCUGACUCACCGUCUCUCUACUCUCCCUCCCUCCCUUUAGAAAAUGGGACACAGCUGAUGGUGAAACUCAAGAGCGUUAUUUCUGCCUCGUGCACCAAUUCAUGAUGUUACUCCUGUGACCAGAGGAAGUGAAAUAUUCCUCCAUAUUAAAAAGACGAGCCUCUAAUAAUAACAAGGCAAGUUUAUGGGAUCACUUUCCUACUCCUUCAUAGCAGCUGCAGUGCUGGUUGUAGCGUCAGUGGAAGUAGGAAGAAGGUGCAUUUUCUGGCUUAUGAAUGUGUGUUGACAGUCGUGAAUAACAGCAAACAUGAACUUCCUCAUAAAAACAGCAGCUCUUCUUCAGUGAGUCUCUGUCUUCAGUGAGUCUCUGUCUUCAGUGAGUCUCUGUCUUCAGUGAGUCUCUGUCUUCAGUGAGUCUCUGUCUUCAGUGAGUCUCUGUCUUCAGUGAGUCUCUGUCUUCAGUGAGUCUCUGUCUUCAGUGAGUCUCUCUAGUCGUGGUUUUAAACGUUUUUUGAAAUCUCACAGUGUAAACGUUGCUUUUCGAGGCUUCGGUCUAUAGUCUACGGCUCGAGGAAACUGUGCAGACACAGUGAUUGGUCAGCGGUAGGCCUAUAGGUGCACUUGAUUUGUUCUCUGGGCCUGCCGGGUAGGCGGAGUUUUACCUUCAGACACAUGAAAUGGUUCAAAAUGGGAACACUUUGCCUUCCCUGGCGCUAAGGCUGCUGAAUCAAGUGCACCUAAACGCCAACAGUGUCAAACCCAAAAAAUAUAUAAUAUAGCGCUUUAUCCACAGAGUUUCUAAACCCAGAGGUGCAACAUCGGGAGACUUCCGUCAACACUUGUGAAACAGAUGAAACAGACCAGAACCGGAGGGGGUUUGACAAGUCAAUGAGAGAAGUGAAAAGUCUUUCCUUUAGUUGUACGUUUUCUCCCGAUCUAAAGGAACAUCCUCAGAUUUGAGCCAAUGUCUUCAGUGGUUGAACGUGUCUUUACUAGAACCUUGUGAAAGUGGCAAACUGAAACCUUUUCAUUUUUUUCGUCAAAAAACAACGUUAUAUCGAAAGGAGUGCUUUUGAAUCGCCGGUCUGCACAUGCUCAGUUCAGUGCCAGACGGCCGUUAGACCCGAUGACCUGUUCCUAUGCGUGAGCUUAGCUAGCCGACGUCGCCAUGACGUCGCCAUGACGUUGCAAACAAGUGCGAUCGGGGAUUUCUAUUGGAGAAGCAGUAUUAGUCUUCAUACUGUCUCUGGUUUAUCUGUGUUUUUUUUAAAGAAGUGUUUGGUGUUGCCUUGGAGACCAGUUGGUGACCACUGACUUAAACUGUUAAGUUGCAACCAUUUAAUACCCUUUUUUUUGGUGAAAAAUGUCAUUGUUGUUAUAUUUGAAUGUUUUCUUCUCGACACUAUAGAGAAAUAAAAAGCUUUCACAUGA